AUGUGCUGGGGCGGGGGGGCUGAGGCACCGGGGACAAAGCCGGUGGCGAAGGGAACCACCUUACCCCUGGGGCUGAACUCAGUUAAAAUCCACUGCCAGAACGAAGCCGUCUACCAGUACCACGUUACCUUCAGCCCCGAGGUGGAGUGCAGGAGCGUGCGCUUCGCCAUGCUGAAGGAGCACCGGGCAGUGACGGGGGACGUGACCGCUUUCGAUGGCUCCAUCCUCUACCUGCCCAUCCUGCUCCCCCAGACUGUCAGUCUGAAGGCUCAGAGGAGGAGCGAUGGGGAGGAGAUCACCAUCACCAUCCAGAUAACCAAGGUCCUCGAGCCCAGCUCGGAUCUCUGCAUCCCCUUUUACAACGUGGUUUUCCGGAGGGUGAUGAGAAUCUUAGAUAUGAAGCUCGUUAGGAGAAAUUUCUUUGAACCUGACCAGGCCACCGUAUUACAGCAUUACAGGCUGCAGAUUUGGCCAGGAUACUCGGUCAACAUCCGGAAGAAGGAUGGCGGCCUCUUCCUCUUGGUCGACGCCAUCCACAAAGUCAUCCGCAGCGAUUCCGUCCUGAAUUUCAUGCACACCAUCUACCAGCAAAGCCUCAGCAGCUUCCAGGACGAGUGCACCAAGAAGCUGGUGGGCAACGUGGUCAUCACCCGCUACAACAACCGCACCUACCGCAUCGACGACAUCGACUGGAACAAGACCCCAAGGGACAGUUUCACCCUGGCCAGUGGCGAGGACAUCACCUUCGUGGACUACUACAGCAAAACUUAUGGGAUCACCAUCAGGGAGCUGGACCAGCCGCUGCUUGUCCACAGGCCCAAGGAAAAACAGACACCGGAGGGGAAGCGUCAGCUGGACAUGGUCCUGCUCGUGCCGGAGCUCGCGGAGGGCCCCUCCCCUGCCUCCCCCCCUGCCCACCCGCUGCAGGAUGUGAUGCGGGAGAUGCUGCAGAGCCCCAGGCAGCACUACGCGCGCCUCACCAGCCUCCUGCGCAGGAUCAAGGACAGCCCGGAGGCCUCGGGGGAGCUGAUGCGCUGGGGGCUCAGCCUGGACCCCGACAUCUACAGGACCCAGGGCCGAGUUCUCCCCAUGGAGAGGAUCAAUCUGCGGCACAGCUCUUUCAUCCCUGCCAAGGACCUGACCUGGAACAAGGAGGUCGUGCGAGAAGCCUCCAUCUCGGCGACUGCAGUGAAUUACUGGCUGCUGGUUUACCCGAAGCGCCUGCACGGCCUGGCGAAGGAUCUGGUGGCCGCCAUGGAGAGCGCCUGUGGCCCCCUCGGCAUGCACGUCAGCCAUCCCGCCUUGGUGGAGCUGAAGGACGACCGCAUCGAGACCUACGCCAAGACCAUCCAAAGCGUUUUGGGUAGUGAGGACAAGGUGCAGUUGCUCCUGUGCAUAAUCUCCAGCAGCCGGGAGGAUUUGUACAACGCCAUCAAGAAGCUGUGCUGCGUGCAGGCCCCUGUGCCCUCCCAGGUCAUCAACGCGCAGUCCCUCACGGGCCAGCCGGGCAAGAUUCGGACUGUGGUCCAGAAAGUCCUGCUGCAGAUGAACUGCAAGCUGGGCGGCGAGCUCUGGGGGGUCGACAUCCCCCUGAAACAGCUGAUGGUUAUUGGCAUGGACAUCUACCACGGCCGCAGCAGAGGGAUACGCUCCGUCAUCGGCUUCGUGGCCAGCAUGAAUCACAUCCUCACCAAGUGGUACUCCAGGGUGGUCUUCCAGAUGCCCCACCAGGAGAUCGCCGACAGCCUGCGGCUCUGCCUGGCCGAUGCCCUCCAGCACUUCCACGAGAUGAACCACUGCCUGCCCAAGAAAAUCAUCGUGUACAGGGACGGCGUGUCCGACAGCCAGCUCGACACCGUGCUCAAGUAUGAGAUCCCGCAGAUGCAGAAGUGCUUCGACACCUUUGAGAACUACCAGCCCAGCAUGGUGGUCGUGGUGGUGCAGAAGCAAAUCAGCACCAACUUCUACACCCUCAUGGCAGAGCAAUUCACGUCCCCUCCUCCUGGGACAGUCGUUGACCACACGGUCACCAGCUUGGAGUGGCAGGAUUUCUUUUUGUUGGCCCAUCGUUCUCGCCAGGGCUGCAGCAUCCCCACGCGCUACGUCUGCGUGCUGAACACGGCCAACCUCAGCUGCGAGCACCUGCAGAGGUUGACUUUCAAGCUCUGUCACCUGUACUGGAACUGGCCGGGCACCGUCCGGGUCCCUGCGCCGUGCAAGUACGCGCACAAGCUGGCUUUCCUCUCGGGACAGAUCCUGCACCACGAGCCCGGCGCCCAGCUCUGCGACAAGCUCUUCUUCCUAUAGCCGACGCGUGGGCAGCGGCGGGGAGAAGGGGUUCGGCUCCCCCCGCUGCUGCUGUUAAGUUUCCCACCAGAGGGACUUUCUUUCCUGAAGUAUUAUCAUAUUUUUAUUUUGUUUUCUUUCUGCACGUGGUUUCUUAAGUUCAUUUUUAUCGGUGUUGUGAAAGGAUGCUCGGGAGCGCUCCAGCACCACCCUGGGCUCCCAGGAUUCACCUCCAUGGGAAUGACCCUGGAGCAAAACCCUGCUGCUGCUGCGGGGGCUGCCCCCAGCCCCUCUGCCCACUGGUUUCCAGUUCUCCCAGCAAAGGGGUUGGAAUGAACGAGCCCCAGAGGUGACGCUGCUCCGGCAGCAGCUCAUCCCUGCCCGUCCCCCUGCCCCGUGCAGGUGCUGGGUGUCAAAGCCCAAAGGGUGUUGGUGUUUUCCCCCCUCCCCGAUUUCUUGCAUUGCCUUCGAGCCAGCUCUCGGUUUGAAAUUUUACUUCGGUUUUUCGAGCUUCUGUUUAACGACCCCCAUUCCAGUUCAUCCGUUUGUGGCGGGCUUUGAAGAGUCACUGUUUUUUUUAAGGAGAAGUCUUUAUUCUUUAUUUUUAUGUUUUCUUCCCUGGGGCUGACAGGGGAGGAGGUUGCUAUCCCGAGGGACAAGGGUGCCUUUGAGGUUUCAGCUAUUUUGGGCUUUUCUUUGCCAUGGUCAAGGGAUGGUUGAGACCUCUCUGAGUUUAAAGCUGAUCCCCAA